CCAGGAAUGUAUUAACAACAACCAAUCCCACGUAAGUAGGCGGAUACUCUGCUCAAGAAAUAGUAGAGGAACUUGGAGGAAAGCAGUACGGGGGAAGUUGGGGCCGAAAUUGCGGAGGGAGAUGGCACAGGAGACCAAGCAGACGCAGGCGCCUGUGCUCUGUGCCACCGGCUGUGGAUUCUAUGGAAACCCACGGACCAAUGGGAUGUGUUCUGUGUGCUAUAAAGACUCCGCCCCGAGACAGAACAGCACUGCGAGAGUCGGCCUUUCAGAGUCCGAUGGGUGCAGUGUGGCUGUGGAGAGCAGUACUGUAGCUGUGUCAUCAGCACUGUCUCUGGUAGCCUCCUCAAUGGAACAGAGCAGCCAGAGCACAGAAGAGGUCGACUUUCAGACAGUUGGAACAGGAGUGCAAACAGAACCACAGGGAGGAAAUGAAGACUACAAAAGUGAAAUGGCUCAGCGCUGGAUGACUCUGACCUCGCUUGUGACCAUUCGCCCGGCAAGCACAAACAGAAGACCGCUCGGUGCUUCACCUGCCACAAGAAAGUGGGCCUCACAGCAGGUUUUGACUGCCGGUGUGGAAACGUGUUUUGCGGCACCCACCGGUACUCGGAUAUCCACAAGUGUAGCUUCGACUACAGGGCCGAGGCCGCAGAGAAGAUCAGGAAGGAGAACCCUGUGGUCGUCGGAGAGAAAAUCAACAAAAUCUAAAACUGUGGAGCUGUGUGCGUUUCAGAGCAGCUCAUGAGCCAUUUCACUUUUCCCUUUUUCUUUUUAAAGACGAUUCUCUCUGCUUUUACUUUUGGGGUGUGAGCUGCCCUGGCAUCAUGCAGCCUGCUGGAGGACCCGGAGAGUUCCAGCGCUUCUUCCACACUUACAUCACUUUAUUUCCUUCCUCAGUGUUGUGCUUUGUGAAAUCUCUAAGGACUUUAGGGUUUAUUCAAUUACUACUCUAGCAUUUUGAUUGUAAUUAUAUGGGGAUUUGACAGCAGGACUAUGAGACAUUUAAUCGCCCACAGCCCAGGGCUCCACUGCAUCGGGAGCUGCAGUGUAUUUCUGAAUAAACUGGGGAAACUGCUUUUUAUUUCAAACACGGUCACACAUGCUUGAUUCCUUACCCAAUCCUGUGCCAUUUAGGAGUGUAUGAUAAUACGCUGUGUGUGUGUGGUGAGGUGUGACAUGUUUGAGUAGUCAGUAAUUAUUUGUGUGUGUGUGUGUGUGUGUACGUGUGUUUGUGGGAGAGAGAGUGUGGGGAAGCACGUUUCGGGUAAUGGGCAAUGUCUAUGCACAGCCAGUUAUCUUAAAUGGCACAGAUUAGUAGAUAUGAGUGCACAAGUGAAGUAUGACCUCUAAGUGAUUGUGCUGUAUUUAUGUUGGUUUAUUCACUGUCUUAACUUUGAUCUUGAAUAAAAUAUGAACUAAUUUUA